CUCAACUGCUCUCUCUCGCUCUCUCUCUUUCUCCAUUGCUGUCUCUCAAAAUGCUACGAAACUAUCGAAAGUAUUUGCAGGAUAAACGAAAAUACGACAAGGCACAGCGACGACGCAGCGGCGGCAACAUUUGCCAGGAUUAGGAAAAACAACGACAACAACAGCGACGCGAGCAACAAUUGCAACAGCAACAGCAACAAACAGUGGCAGCAACAGCGGCAAGAGCAGCAACAGCAGCGAGAGCAAUACGAGCAAUACGAGCAAUUCGAUAAGCGAUAGACGGCAAUCGAUUGUUGAUUUGUAAAUAAAGCUAGGGCAACAGCAACAACAACUUUGGAGGACGCCAUGUAUGCGCAACAUGUGCGCAAAUGGAGUCUAAAAACGCAACCGCAACUAAUGCCAUUGAUAUCGCUAGCAAUCUACGUCAGCAACAUGUUGCUAUUGAUCACAUGUGCGCCGACGAUAACAGCAGCUGCAACGGCGCCAGCAGCAGCAGCAACAAAUACACAACAACAACCGAGUUUAUGGGAAGCUGAAGAAAGCAGCUAUUACAUUGCAUUACCACAACAGCAGCAGCAGCAGCGACAGCAACAGCUGGCGGACAAUGGCAGCGGGAGCAGUGAAAGCGUUGCCAGCAACAUCGACAACAGCAACAACAACAACAACAAUAUAUUAAGUAGGCUGCUUAGCCGGCCGAGCAAUAGUCUUAGUAGCACUAGCAACAUUAAGUUAAGGCCAGCAACAGUAUUCGACGCACAGCAACAGCAACAUAUUGCUGCGAUGACAACGCAGCAGUCACAGCAACAAGUUCCAAAUACGCUAAUAAAUAGUCAAAUAUAUAAAUUAUUAUACAAUGGCAAUCCCAGCCUGACGUCAAGCAGUAAAGCACGACGUCAUGCGUUGCCCAUACAGCAACAACAACAGCAGCAACUCAGCAGCUCUGCGCGGCAGCAACAACAGCAACAGCAGCAACUACCUGCCGCUGCCUUUAAUUAUAGCAACAAAGCCAGAGCAACAGCAGCAACACAACGCUAUCUCAUUGAGUCCUAUGAAGUGCCAGAGAGCCACAAUCCGAGUCAGGAUCAAACGGCGCGCAGUCGUCGCGAUUUUGGCAACACCAGCAACAGCCAGCGGCAACAUCGUGCUGGUGGUGGGCAUCGACAGCAGCAGCAGCAGGAUAAACGCGAGCAUCGCCGCCAGCGUCAGCGACAGCGGCAACAGCAGCGACAACAGCAGCAACAGCAGCGUCGGAAGCAUCCUCGCAAGCAUCGGAACCGGCAACGUGCUGGACGCUACUGUUCCGCCCGUGAUCCCGCCCAGUUGGCGUAUGCGGCACCCACCGUCUUCAUGGGCGUCUUCACCUCAAUGACGGCGGACAGACGCACCAAUUUCUCGGCCACCAUGAAGGUGUUGCAGGUGUACAAGCAACAACGGGACCUGCAACUGCCGCAACUUGUCCGCCUGCAAUUCGCAUUGCGUAACAACAGCGGCGAGUGCGACAUCUACCGGGAGCGUCUGUUGCCGCGUGGUUUGGUCCGUGGCAACGAUCUGGAGCAGGCCUCGGACAUCACCUACAUGAUGUUCGUGCAGCAAACGAAUCCCGGCAAUUUCUCCAUCCUCGGACAACCCAUUCGCGUCACGAAUUCGGUGCUGGAAUCAGUCAAAAUGGCUGUGAAUGAAACUUAUGCACAGAACGCAUCGAUUACGUCGAUAACAUCGAUGCCGGCGAACGCAACGAUCGAGAAUGGAAAGGAACUGAGGAUCAUAUGCAAGGUGGAGGGCAGACCACCGCCAAAGGUGACCUGGUUCAAGGACGACAAGUCGAUAAAUCGCAAACGCAAUGUUUAUCAAUUCAAGCAUCACAAAAGACGCGCCGAGCUGAUUGUACGCUCCUUUAACAGUUCCUCCGAUGCGGGCAAAUACGAGUGCCGUGCCAAGAAUAAAGUCAGCAAUAUUAUUGACAAACGCCGCAUCAUGAUCAAUGCCCAUCCAGUUGCCAUGCGGCCGGAUUCGCGUAGUGCGGGUUAUCCAUGUAAGGAGGAGAAUAUUUGCUUUCACGGCGGCACCUGCAUGCUGAUAAUGGAUCUCAAUCAGUUCUAUUGCAAUUGCCAGGAUGGAUUCUAUGGCGUCCGUUGCGAAUACACCGGGCCAGACAAUAUUUUGUUGCAAUCUACGGCCAAUAUACCUUAAUUAAUGACUAUUUUAAUGCAUAGAAUUUUUAUUUUAAAAUUCAAUGAAAAGUACUCCCUGCACUCCAACGCCGACAAAUGUAAUUUUUUAGUAUUAUGUUUAAAAAAUUAUACAAUUUGUUGCACAAAAAAACACACAAAAACAAACACAAAAUUUCAGCCCUGUUUUAAAUUUUAGCAACUACAAAAAAAAAAAA